AAAGCUGAAAAAAUCGCUGGAAGAUUGUCGGAGAAUAUUCAUGCCAUGAUUUUGCUCUACAGAAAUGAAUUUCAGCGCUAAAACCGAAUCGCACAACAGGUAGUGAUACUGUGCUUGACCCAAAGUAGCUUUCGUUCGUCUAUCUUCGGCACUUUGCCUAGUGCAAGCAUUGUGCACAGCGAAGCCCGAUUGACGCCUCUGCCAUCCUGCAACGAAUUGAAUGAGAAGAAAUGCGAUCAGGCUCAUCUGUUUGCUUGGAUGUGGUGCCGUACUCCUUGCUGUUCAGUCUGUUGUUCUUCAGUAUAUUUUUAAGCAGGAAAAAGACUCUGUUCAGCAUUUUAGCCCAACAUGGAGCCUGAUCAGAGAUGUGGCUGACGCAGCAGCCCAGACCAGCUUCCCACUUUUUAUCUUGGAUGCGAGCGUCCUGCAAUGUCUUGCAGACAAAACAAUCCCGGUUGAACGGCCCUCUUGCUUUGAUCUUCCCCGAGGCCAUGCCUUUGUGCAGUUCGGUUCACUGGGACAGUUUGCUGCUCAAAAGGAACAUGACUUCCUGUCCCUCCUGUCUCGUGCGGGUUACCAGACAUCCAAGCUGAGUGUUCCCAAUCCCAAGGUCCUUGCCCAUGGCCUGGAAGUGCUCAUCCCAACUCAUUACCUCAUCUCCCAAAAGCAGAACACCGCACUUCAUGUUGUUGUCUUUCAUGAGCGGCCAGGCAACUUUUGGUGGCACGCCGCUGCCAUGACAGAGGAAGAUGAUGCCAACAAGACUGACAUUUCGUUUAACAGGCUGAUUGCAUCAGCAAGCAGCCGUCAAUUUAUCAAAAGCGAUGGUGCAUAUGACAAAGCGGAAGUCCUCCCAUGUGAUUUGGGUGGAGGCUUGCACUCAUUUGCCCCCACGCAGUUUGACACAUUUGUCGGCGAGCAGCCAUUCAUCGAGUGCAACACUACACGUGCCCGACUCUUUCAUGCCAUUCACGGACGGGAUGAGACUCCCGAAGCUGAACUUUUCCGUCUCAAAGUCCAUCGCCUCCUUGUCAAAGUUAAGCAGCUGCUGGGCGAACUCAAUGUGCCCUUCUGGAUCAGCAGUGGAACCUGCCUUGGCUUCUUCAGGCAGUGUGAUGUGAUUCCUUACACAACUGACGUUGACAUUGGAGUCUUCAUCAAAGACUACAAGCCUGAGAUCAUUUCUGCAUUCUCAACCCACGACAUCCCUCUCACACACUUGUUUGGAAAGGUUGAAGACAGCUAUGAGUUGUCGUUCAGAGAUCGUGACGUGAAACUUGACAUAUUCUUCUUCUAUGAAGAGGACGACCACAUCUGGAAUGGAGGCACACAAGCGAGGACAGGAAAAAAGUUCAAGUACACAUUCCCAAAAUUCAAGCUUUGCUGGACUGAGUUUUUGGACAUCAAGUUGCGAAUUCCAUGUGAGACAGAGAUGUACAUUGAAGCCAACUAUGGCCCCAACUGGUUCCAGCCCAUAAAGAGAUGGGAUUGGAAAGCAAGCCCUCCUAAUGUCGAAGAAAAUGGUGUUUGGCCUGUUGAAGAGUGGCCGCAUGUCAUUAAAUUGUUCCCAUUGCCAGAGUCGUGACCUGGCUUUCGUCACAGGCUGCAUUGUGUUCAUAGAUGCAAGGAAUGCAAUAAAGGGUAUGAUUAAAUAUACGGACAGCAUAACACAAGAACAC